UACACUGCAUUUUUUGAUGCAGUUCUGUGUUGUGAUGGUGUUGUGCGUUGAUAAAAGUGAAUUUCGGAUGUGUUUAUGAUAAUAUUGUGUUUGUAGCUUAGUAAAAUAAGACACAGUGACAAUUUAUAUUUUUGUAAAUCUGAUUAUUUCUUGGUAGUUAAUAAUGUAAAAUGUCAAUAUUUAACUCUGCUUUGAUAAUCAAACAGGGGUAUAUGGUUAAACGAUCACAAAACAAAAAACUUUACACUUUAGUUAAUUUUAAAAGACGAUGGUUUGUUUUAACGAGAAGAUAUCUAAUUUAUUACGAUGACGAGAAUGAAGCGAAACGAAAGGAAAAGGGUAGAGUGGAACUGGAACGGGUUCAUACUAUCGAAUCAGCGCAGAGUUUCCUUUCCAACGAGGAAGUGGGAGUCGAGGGAGAAUUAUACCCAUUUCUGGUAGGAUAUCAUCAGGACGACGAUUACACUUUGUUCCUGUUCGCUCCCAGGUCCCUAGACAAGCUUGAUUGGAUAUUAGCUAUCAGAGAGGCAUGUGCGAAUAAUAAAAAUAUCAGAUAUUAUUUUCAUCCGGCACCUUGGAACGGUAGAAGGUGGUACUGUUGCAAAAACACCGUCAAAUUAGCCGAAGGCUGUCAGGAGUGCAGCAAUUGGGUACCAGUUCAAAACGGCAGCCCCUCGGAGGACAGUAUCAAGGAUAACUUAAGCAACAAGGAGAAUAUUAACAGUACACAAUCGAGUCCCAUCAUGCCCGGUGGCGGAACACCAGGUACGCCUUCUUCUAAGCAGAAGGACAAACAGUCCACUCCGAGGACCAAGGUCGUGGUAGCCUUGUACAAUUACAAGGCCAUCGAAACCGGAGAUUUGAGUCUGGACAAAAACCAGGAGUACGAAGUGAUAGACGAUAGCCAAGAACACUGGUGGAAAGUUAGAGACUCCAAAGGAAAUAUCGGCUUUAUACCAAGCAACUAUGUCAAGGAGAAGGAAUUAUUGGGUCUGCAACAGUACGAAUGGUAUGUUAAUGACAUGUCAAGGCAAAGAUCAGAAUCUCUAUUGAAGCAGGAAGAUAAAGAAGGCUGCUUUGUGGUUCGAAAUUCUUCAACAAAAGGGCUCUAUACCCUAUCCCUAUAUACGAAAAUACCUCAUCCUCAUGUAAAGCAUUACCAUAUCAAACAGAAUUCCAGGGGCGAAUUCUUCCUCUCGGAAAAACACUGUUGCAACUCCAUUCCAGAAUUAAUCAACUACCACAAACACAAUAGCGGAGGUCUGGCCUCAAGACUGAAGACUAGCCCAUGUGAUAGGCCUGCUCCAGCAACCGCUGGACUCAGUCAUGAUAAAUGGGAGAUAGAUCACAACGAACUAGUUCUCUUGGAAGAACUGGGUUCUGGUCAGUUUGGUGUAGUCAGGAGGGGCAAAUGGAGAGGCUCAAUAGAUGUGGCUGUUAAGAUGAUGAAAGAAGGCACAAUGUCUGAAGAUGAUUUCAUCGAGGAGGCGAAAGUCAUGACAAAACUCCAGCACACGAACCUCGUGCAGUUAUACGGGGUGUGUAGUAAAAAUAGACCAAUUUUUAUCGUCACUGAGUACAUGAGACACGGAUCUCUUUUAAAUCAUUUGAGGAGACAUGAACAAUCUCUGAUCAAUAAUCAGGGAUUGUUGUUAGAUAUGUGUAUACAGGUGUGUAAAGGAAUGGCUUAUUUAGAGCGACAUAAUUAUAUCCAUAGAGAUCUAGCUGCUAGAAACUGUUUAGUUGGAACUGAAAAUAUUGUUAAAGUUGCUGAUUUCGGUCUAGCAAGGUACGUUUUGGACGAUCAAUAUACAUCUUCUGGCGGAUCGAAAUUUCCCAUUAAAUGGGCUCCACCAGAAGUACUAAAUUACACAAGAUUUUCUUCAAAAUCUGACGUCUGGGCAUAUGGUGUGCUGAUGUGGGAGGUGUUUACAUGCGGUAAAAUGCCGUAUGGUCGUUUGAAGAAUUCUGAAGUUGUGGAAAGAGUGCAGAAAGGCAUUAUACUAGAAAAACCAAAAGCUUGUUAUAAGGAAGUCUAUGAUGUCAUGAAGAAAUGCUGGUCUCCUUUGCCCGAGAACCGACCUUCGUUCCGUUCGCUAAAAGACACCCUGGUAAAUGUCUCCCAAAGCAUCUUGGUCGAUUGACUGGCCCGUCUAGUGUGCGACACGGUGGCGCGUGGCUCUCCGACCACCAUCGACACCCCGUGCAGUUCGCACCAGCAGGACGGUUACGAGGAGGCCUGGCUGGGAAUAUGUAGGACUCUGUGCAGGGAAGUCGGCAGGGCAAACAAAAGAAGUGCCAAAUGCGAGCUGCCGUAAGGUCGAUGACAGGUGCAGUUCUGUCGGAGAUAUUUGUGUCAAAAAUUAAUAAAACUCCUUUAGGCGUAUAAACUAACGUGGGUGCAUUAAAAUUAUUUUCUAGGAAAUCACAACUUUGAAACUGUGAUCUGAAAUUGAUUACGGGUCCGUUGACCUCUGUGUUAUUGAUGCUGUAGUUGAUGAGAAAAUGAGGGUACCUUUAAAUUUUUAUUUACUUUGUUCUUUAAUGUGCAACAUAUUAUUUUGUAGUGAACUGUUUGUUGUGUGUUUACUUUUUAGAUUUAUACUUACGGAAAACAAAAUGUUGCUAUUUUGACGAAAGUUUGAAACAGAAAAUUCGGAAUUUGAAAACCACUUUAUCAUUAAGGUGUAUUUUAUUUUCUCGAUAGUCUGUUUUUUAGUCAUCUCGAUUUCUUGAUUUUUAUUGAAGAUAUUCGCUUUUGAAGAAGACAGUAACGAUUUACAACAAUUUUAGCAUUAUAAGCACGCUUUUGCUUAUGAUGUUCCUAAUCAACACACCUCUGAAAUAGUGUUAAUAAGUUAUAUUAUUACCGUUUGCUGGUGGUACUCUAGCAGAUAUAGUUUUAAGUCCAGACGUUGAUCUUUACCAACUCCAGUUAAAGCAACAGGCGAUACAACUUCUUGACUUAAAAUCAUCUCAGCUAGACUAACAGUUAGCCAACAAUAAUAUGACUUUAAUGACAGUGAACAUUAUAGAAAUAAUAUAAUAGUAUAUUGUUUUAUUAGGAGUAAAAAUGACACUUUUUUGGCGAGGCUGUACGUUUGACAUACAGACGUAGACAUGCAGGCGAGGCACAAAAAGUCUUACUUCAGAAGUUUUACUUCAAAUAGAACAUGCUAAUUUGUUCUAGCCCCACGUAAUUUUUUAAACACAAUUUCAGACAUUCCAGAUAUACAAAAAAAUAUUUAAAAUACCUUGUAAGUAAUUAUAUAUCAAGAAACUAUGGUUACGCUCGUUGAAUUUGACAC